UGAACUCAUAGCACCGCUCUCUCUCUCUCUCUCUCUCUCUGUGAGUCCAGGAAAAUGUCCGAGGCCAGUAUUUCAGUAGAUCAGCUUUCAGUGGAUCAGUUCAUCUGUCCAGUGUGUCUGGAUCUCCUGAAGCAUCCAGUGACUAUCUCCUGUGGUCACUGUUUCUGUAAGGUGUGUAUUAAUGACUGCUGGGAUCGGGAGGAUCAGAGUGGAGUUUAUAGCUGUCCUCAGUGCAGAGACACUUUCACUUUAAGGCCUGUUCUACGCAGAAACAACAUGCUGGCUGAAGUGGUGGAGAAACUCAAAAAGAAAAAGAAGAAGAAAAAGAAAACUGAAGUCCAAGCUGCUUCUCCUGCUCACUGUUACGCUGGACCUGGAGAUGUGGAGUGUGAUUUCUGCGCAGAGAGGAAACAUAAAGCUGUCAAGUCCUGUCUGAUGUGUUUGGCCUCCUUUUGUGAAACUCAUCUGAAACCUCACUAUGAAGUUCCUGGAUUGAAAAAACACCAGUUAAUUGAAGCUUCUGGAAAUCUAGCAGAGAAGAUCUGCUCUGAGCAUGAUAAAGUGCUGGAGAUCUACUGCCGUACUGACCAAAGCUUCAUCUGUUAUCUGUGUACAAUGGAAAAACACAAAAGCCACGACACCACCUCAGUUAAAACAUGCAGAACUGAAAAACAGAUUGAGUUAAAGGAGGAACAGAUGAAAUCCCAGAAGAAAAUCCAGGAGAAUCAGAAGAAGGUGCAGGAGCUGAAACAGGCUGUGAAGACUAUAAAGCUGAGUGCCCAGACAGCAGUGAAGGACAGUGAGAUGAUGUUUACUGAGAUGAUCAGCCUAAUAGAGAAAAAGCGCUCGGAGGUGACGGAGCUGAUCAGAGCUCAGGAGAACGCUGAACUGAGUCGAGCUGAACGACUCCUGGAGCAACUGGAGCAGGAGAUUGCUGAUCUUCAGAGGAGACUCACUGAGCUGGAGCAGCUUUCACAUACACAUGAUCACAUCCAUUUCCUCCAGAGUCUCCAGUCUCUCUGUGUCUCUUCUGGACGUGGGGACUCACCCAGCAUCACUGUCAAUCAACAUCUCUCAUUUGAUGGAGUGAGGAAAUCUCUCUCUGAUCUGAAAAAGAGACUCGAGGAAUUCUGCCAGGAGGAAUUCAUCAUCCCUCAAUAUGCUGCAGCAGUUCAGAUGAUUUUACCCUCAGAACCAAAGAGCAGAGAAGAUUUUCUCCACUAUUUCUGUGAUCUGACUCUGGAUCCCAACACAGUACAUUAUAACCUCAUCCUGUCUGAGGAGAACAGAGCGGUGACGUACAGUAAGAGAAAGCAGCCGUACCCUGAUCAUCCAGAGAGAUUUGACUACUUUUAUCAGGUGUUGAGUAAGGAGAGUGUGAGUGGACGCUGUUACUGGGAGGUAGAGUGGAGCAAUGAGGGACAUGUGUACAUAUCAGUCUCAUAUAAAGACAUCAGCAGGAAAGGACGGGGUGAUGAGUGUUGGUUUGGAGGCAACAACCAGUCCUGGAGUCUGCAAUGCUCUUCAUCUUCUUCACUCUGUUUUUAUCACUACAACAUUAUGACUGAUCUCAGAGCUCCAUCAUCCUCCACAAUAGGAGUGUAUGUGGAUCACAGUGCAGGAACUCUGUCCUUCUACAGCGUCUCUGACACCAUGAAGCUCCUCCACAGAGUCCACACCACAUUCACUCAGCCUCUGUACGCUGGGUUCUGGUCUUCUCUUGGAUCAACUGUUAGAAUAUGUCAUCAAAAAUAAAAAUUAAAAAAAUAUUAAUAAAGUGAUUUUUGUUAACUGCUGUAAACUAGCAGAAAGAACAUUGUAAUGCUCGCUCUACCAUUUAAUAAUAAUCUUUGUGCUGCAAUGUUUUUGUGAAACUCCUCCAGAUCACUAAGAACUUUCAGGUCAUCAGUGAAAACACACAUUUUACUGUAUAAGCACUCUGGGUCAAAAUCAGAGCCGUGUCUCAGUUACAUGUGAUUGUGACCUUGAACUAGUCUCUUUGUGUAAUACCAUUGUGUAUAAUCAGUCAUUUAUGUAGAAAUAACCGAGUACACCCUAAUCCUAAUGUUAAAGAGGAAAUGGAUAAAGACAAUAAUUACAUACAAUUGAGCUGAAGGUAAAGCAGAUCAGUGA